AUGGAAUUAUCGAAAAAACAAUGGACAUAACCGCAAAUCGUCUAACGUAAAAUUUAAACACACUUUUCGAUUAAUCCCAGUGAGCGGGAUUUAAAAGGAUUUUCCGCUGUGUUCUGAUCGAUAAAUAGCAAUUCAAACACAUAACCAUCUUAGUGGAAGUAAAGUAUUAGAAAAUCAUUGUGGAUUUUUGUUUAGAAAAAAUGGAUUCAACGAAGGUAAAGUCAAAAUCGAAUCGCGAUGAAAAACAAGCAACGGCAAAACUUGAUGAACAAAUUGAAAAGUUGAUCAAGUCACUAGGUAAUUCGGCUACGGUGGAUCAAAAGAUUGCACUAUUGGCAAAGAACUACAUCGAAUUGGAGCGAGAAAGUAAUAAACAGACAACAUCAUUGCGUCAAAAUGAAAAGGUGUUAGAAAAAGAAUUGCGCGAAAAAGAACAUUUACAGCGUGAAUACAAUAAAGGUGUUUUAAUCAGAGAUAAAUUGGAGCAAGUGUGUCGUGAGCAACAAAAAUUAAUGAAGUCAAUAAAGAGCGAAAGUAUGUCGAAAAUACGGGAUGAAGAAGAAAAACGAAAAGAGUCCCAAGCCCAUUUCCAAAAGUCAAUCAACGACAUUUUCGCCACGCUUGGCAAGAACAAUGAAGAAAAUUUGAAAAUCAAGGAAGCCAAUGCUGAAAUGACAAAGAAAUUCAAGUACUUGGCCGAACAGUAUGAGUUACGUGAAAAACAAUUGGAAAAAUUAAACGAACAAAUAAAACUUGAAACUCAAUUGAACGAAGCUAAAUUGGCAAAAGUGCAAAUGGAAUCGACAAUCGAAAAGGAAAUUUUACUUAAAGAAAAACAAACGGCAUUAGAAGAAGUGUUGGCAUCAAAAAAGGCCAUCGUUGAAAUGGAAGUACGCGAACGUGGUUUAAAAGAACAAUUGUUAAUUUAUACAGAAAAGUACGAUCAAUUUCAAACGUCAUUACAGAAAAGUAACGGAGUUUUUGCCACGUAUAAAACCGAAUUGGAAAAAAUGGCCAAGCGAACCAAAACAUUGGAAAAGGAAGCAUAUGAAUGGCGAACAAAGUACGAAAAAUCCAAUCGAGCCUUAUUGAAUACGAUUUCCGAUAAACAAGCCCAGGAUGAGUACAUGAAGAAAUCGGCUCGACAAUUGGCCCAAUUACAAAAAUUGUGUCGCACACUGCAAGCGGAACGCUCUGCUUUGCUCGAUACGCUUAAAGCCAAUAAUAUUGAACGCCCGCCGAUGCCUGAUUUACCACCAGAACCGACUGACAUUGAACCACCACCAAAACCAACGGAUAAACUUGAUAUCAUGACGCAGAAUUGCCGCGAAUUGAAGGAAACUCUCGCCCACUUACAAGGUCAAUUGAAUGCAAUCGAGAAAGAUGACAAAGCGAAGGGAAAGAAUGUUGCCGUAGAAAAUAAGAAAUCCAAAGCAAAGAAAAAUAAAGGCAAAAAUGGUAAAAAUACAAUCGAGUCGAAAGAAGGGGACAGAGAUUGUGAAGCAAGUUCGACAGCAGGUGAUGUCGUUAUAAACGAAGAUAAUUCCAUUGAUUCCAAUGAAAUUAAGACUGACGAGAGCCAGAUUUCAAAAGACAAUGGCACAGCUACUCCAAAGGAAAACGAAACAAGUAAUAAUGAAGGCGAAGAUAAUAGUACGGUGAAUGAAGCAACUCUUGAGCCAAACACUUCGACCGAAGUGAUCGUUGCCGAAAAUUGAAAUCACAUAGAAAUCCCACGUUCAUGCACAUUCAUGUCGCAUCAUUUGAUAUUCAGAAUUCGGAAAUAUAACAUUAGUUUUUAGAUUUUCUUCAAUUAUCACUAACAAUCACAGCACCCUUUCAUAAAUUAUGCAUUUUGAGAACAACAAAACAAACAUUUAUAUUUAUAUUGAUGUGAUUCUCCAUUGUUUUGCUAUUUCAGUUUAAAUUUUCUCGUGUUCGAAUCUCUCUCUCGAGAGGUUGACAGUUUUUGAUACUAAUUAUUUUUUAUGUAUAACAUUUUAAAUUGAUUUGAAAUAAAAUAAAAUUGAAAAUAUU